CUUUUUUUUCUGUAAGGCACGUUGGGGUGGACUGUCCCAGCAGGAAUCUAAGUGCUUCUCCAGUGGGAUUUAGUAGGAUCUUCUCGUGCCUCACAGCCCAAAGUGGCGUUCACCACAUAAAAGCGGUGAUUCAGUCUCUAGUUUAAAUACGGGUCACAAGCGCUUGGUCCUCCUUUUGUCCUUUUUUAAACUCGUGUAACAAUAUAUUUCCUUUAUUGCUUUUUAAUUUUUUAUUUAUUUAUUUAUUUUUUUGCCAUGUUUUACUCCAGACCGCUGGGGGGCGGUAGCUGCGCAUCAUUAACUUGUGACCGAAGAAAGGAGACAGGCUUUUCAGAUAGUUUUUUUUUAAUUUGUUUAUAGUUUAACGUUGCUUAUAUUUCGUGUUUAAAUAAUUAUUAAUGCCAAAGAUUCUAGUUUUAAUAAAAAACUAUACGGAUUUUUUUUAUCUUAAGAUUUACAAAAAAGGGUGUUGCCUAGCAAUUGGUAAUCGUGGCGUCGAACUAGCAAGCUAGCUGUUUAGCUAGCAAAUGGGACCUUUUCUAACCUAAAAAAAACAGAGUUUCGAUGCCGCUUAAAAGAAGAGGACCGUUACAACUUGUCCAGAGAGAAGUAGAUGAACUAAAAAAGAAGGUGUGUUAUAUUAAACCUACAUCUCUCGUAAAAAGCGUGUUUUGCAGGGUUGAUCAGUUGGUAAAAGAUGUGAAGAGUCAGGUUGGAUCUACUGAAGAGGCUUUUCGAAGAUGUCAAGACCUGCAGCUGUCAGCAGAGAAGACACUGAAGACUUUACAGAAUCUCACAAAGGCCGACGAGCUCGCUCCUGUGGGUAACUACGACCAGAGGAAACAGGAAGAAGAGAGACGGCUGCAGGAAAUCUUGGAGCGCCUGAAUGAUCUCUUUCUGGAUCUUUCUCCACCUGGACCCAGCCGUCAAGCCGGUGACGUUUCAAAGGAUAAGAGUCGGAGAGAUGCUAACGAAGAAGAAGGGAGUAGCAGUGGUGAUAACAAUGAGGAGGACUCUGAUGAUGAUGAGGAUGAGGAGGAGAAGAAAGCCUUAAAGCCACCGUCACAAUCAGACCUCCGGAUCUACACGGUCCUGAGUGAUUUCAAAGGAGAAGAGGAAGGAGAUCUGUCAGUUCAGACAGGAGAGGUGGUGAGGAUCAUCCGGAAGACGGUGGAUGGUUGGUGGCUCGCUCAGGACUCCAAAGGAAACAGAGGGGUGGUUCCGAAGACAUUUCUGAAGUUUGGUAGCGGUGUUGAUGAAGAUGAUGAUGAUGAAGAUGAAGAUGAUGAUGAAGAUGAAAGCGAGGAGGUGGAAGCAGCAGCUGGUGAAGACGUGAUUGGUGAACGGGACAAAAGCAGCGUCUCCAACUGGUCGACGGUCAGAAAGGCUCUGAAUGAGGUUGAUGCAACUGAUGUGCUGUCGGCCAUGGGAGCUAUUCCAUCGGGAUUCCGACCGUCCACUCUCAGUAAACUGCUGCAGGAGGAAGGUGAUCAUGAAUGCGGUGAAUCGUACAGAGCGAGUCACUUUCUGAAACCUCAGCUCAGCCAGUUUCCGCUCUCCUUCAAAGACCUCCUCCUGAACCCAGACACCGGCAGGGUACAAGCUCGCCAGGUCAAGACUUGCGUAUGCUUCACGUUGUGGAGUUGCAGGUUGAUUCCCACUCCUGGAGUCGGCGUUCAGGUCCUCAGCAGACACGUCCGGAUGUGCGCCUUCGAUGGAUCUCAGGUUUUAAGUAACAUCCACACAGUCAGAGCAGCGUACAACCCCAAGAACCCGAAGACGUGGAGCUUCUCUCCGAGGACGAGCGGCUUGCUGCCCAUCCUGAUGGACGGAGACUGUUUCUUGCGCUGCAACUCUGAAUCUCCUAAUCUAGGAAUCCUCUUCGAGCUUGGAGUCACUUUCAUCCGAAAUUCCACAGGAGAGAAAGGAGAGCUGAGUUGUGGCUGGGCGUUCCUGAAACUGUAUGAUGAGACUGGAAGUCCACUCUCUAACAGGACCUACGAGCUCCCGGUGAACGGCGGCACUCCCUACGAUAAGAACGUCGCUUUGGAGACUCCAAUCUCAAGAGGAUCUCCCGGCGGUGUUUUCCAGCAGAUGCUGAAUUCCAGGCGGAUGCCCAAACUGGUUAUCAAGCUGAAAUCGACCAAUAGUCGAACCAGAACCCAACUCAGCGUCCUUCCAGACACUCUCCUGCACUGUCUGAGCUGCGUUCACCUCCUGGCUCUGCACCGCCAGCUGCUGGCCGAGGCUCUGCUGAUCGACCGGGUUUCCAUGCAGAACUCAGAUCCGAUGUGCAGUCCAAUACUCGCGAGCUUCCCCGUGCUGCUGGACCAGACGGACCUGCUGGACGCUCUCCGGAGUGCCUGGUUGGAGGCAGAAAACGGAAUGAGCAAAGCACAGAAGAGAGAUCUUUCAUAUCUGAAGCAGGAGUUCACUAAAGUCUACUUGUCGUCUGCGUACUUCCUGCUCCACCUGUCAUCCCUGCCCACUUACUGCUGGGCAGACCAGAACUCAGAGGAGCAACGGGCCAGAGUCAUCUACACGACCCUCAGCUCCCUCAAAACCUCCCAACAGAGUAGCGGACACGUGGGGAAUGCAGACAUCCUGUUUGACUCAACACAUCAACACACAGCUUUUGACAUAAGUCAGAUGACGUUUGAUCUCCUCCAGGGAGCUCGGUGACAACCACGGUGUCUGUCUUUGACAGAGAAUGUGUCAUUUUGUACUUUUUAAUCCCUUUUUUUCCUCACUAUUAACACCAGAAGCAGUUCGUUUUGGUCAGCUGAUUUGAUUUCUUUCUAAUAAUGUUGCCAGACUGAAUAAAGAACAGAAAAUAACUCCCUCAGAA